AUGUCGCAUUCCUCUGAAGCCGUUGACUCGCAAUCCGCGUCGCCCGGCAUGCAGCCAUCAUGGACGCGAGAGGAGGACGCGGUGCUGCUGCGCCACGUGCUGCAGUGCGGCACGAAGCAGUGGGGCGAGCUGGAGAGGAGCGGUCAGCUCAAGAGGAGCAACAAGUCGUGCUGUAACCGUUACAUCUUCCUCCGAAGGAAGUUCACAGACCGCUUUCACCAGAACUUCCUGCGAAAGCACCUGGGAGCUGCUGCAUUUUCCCGGCCCCUUAUUCCAUUGGACGGCCACAGUCAGCCACUGCUCUGCCAGGAUUUCAAGCAGCAGCAGCAGCAGCGCUCGGAGGGCGUGGGAGCAGUGGCACUGACAUUCGGGGGGCUGUCGUACAAGGAGUGCGUGAUGGCGUUCCUCGCCCCCAAUGCUCGCUGCUGCCUCCUAGCAACCCCGCCCAACCUCUCAUCCCUCGCCACCCCUCCUCCCGCUUCCCAGACUCCUUUUCCUGCUUCCGAAACCGCCGUCCUCUCUGCUGCUGCUGCUUCUACCACCGAGUUUCCAUUCUCCCGUGAUGCCGUCCCCGUUGCUGCUGCCUCCAGUGCCGCUGCUCUGCGCCGUGCAGUGAAGCGGCCAAGGGACGACUGCAUUGGGAGGGGGGACGACUGCGUUGGGAGGGGGGACGACUGCGUUGGGAGGGGGGCCGACUGCGUUGGGAGGGGGGCCGACCAACGUCUGCCGGGUGGUUGUGACAGCCGGUUGGUGCGAAGCGGGUUGGUGCGAGACGGAUUGGUGCAAGGUGGGAUGGUGAGUAGCACGGAGCGCCGGCAUCAGUCAGCAGUGGCGGAGCAGUUUGAGCAGCAGGGGGCGAGCAGCAGCGUGCAGCAGGCAGCGGACGAAGCCCUUCUGGAGGCUCUGCUGCAGGAGGAGCGUCGCCAGCUGCAGCAGGGAGGAGCGGGUAGCAGGGCGCAGCGGGUGCUGUGGCCGCGCGUUGGGUCGGAGAGUGCCCUUCCAGACGACGUGCUGCUGGGAUUCAGCUGUGAGGACCCUGCCUUCACGCAACGCGCCGCUCUCUCUGUUCCUCCGCCUACCCAGCCGCCCAAACCUCUGCCAUCGCCAUUGCCUCCCCAACUCGCUGCUCCGCCUGGCUCUGCUUUCUGCAUUGGUAAUUCCACCCCCUGUGCUGAUUUCGCGGUGCAGCGGGUGGACUGGCCGCAUGUUGCGUCGGAGAGUGCCCGUGACCUUCCACACGACGUGCUGCUGGGAGACCGUACCUCCGCGCAACGUGCUGCUCUCUCUGCUCCUCCGCCCACCCAGCCACUUGCACCGCUGCCAACAGCAAUGGCCUCCCCACUCGCUGCUCUGCCCGGCUCUGCUCCCGGCAGCACAAGCAGCUGCAUCGCAGAGGGGCCUGCACCUCCCGGUGCUGCUGGGCCACCCCCCGGUGCUGCUGGGCCACCCCCCGGUGCUGCUGGGCCACCCAGUCGGGCUGCUGGGUCAGCCGUGGCAGAAUGGGCGGCAGAGCAAGGAGGGGCCGGGGAGGCAGGUGCUGACUGGCACAGGCAGCAGCAGGGGCUCACCCAGGAGGCGACGCUUGCACAGUGGAAGGCGUGUGGGUGUGUAGAGCUGGACCGUGCUGCAGCAGCCCUUCCCAUCCGGUGCUCUACCGGCUCUCUGUUUGACACGCCCUGCCAUGCUGCCUCCGUGGCCUGA